GAUCGCGUGGCAAGUCAGACAAGUUAACUUGCAUAUUCGUUGUCCUGAUUUGCAGGCAACUUGCUACAACAUUACAGUUUGGCAAGUAGCACAGUUACAGUGUUACAGUAAUAUCUUUCAACUAGGCAGUAUAUGCUUCAAUAUAGUUAAUUCAUAAGCUGCUGCAUGCUAACGUCUUUCUCUGAGAAUGAAGAAGACUACGUUGCUUCUCAUUGUCUUAUUGGGCAUAGCACAGUUUGCCGUAGUCAGCCGAUGUGAGGAUGAAGAUGAUGGUGAACUGGACGGAGGAGACGAGGAGGAUGAUGAUGACGACGAUGACGAAGAGGAUAGUACAGAAGUCAAAUCAGAAAAUGGAGUGCUGAUACUCACAGAUGCCAACUUUGACACUUUCAUUGAGGACAAAGACACUGUUCUUGUGGAAUUUUAUGCUCCAUGGUGUGGACACUGCAAGCAGUUUGCCCCAGAAUAUGAGAAAAUUGCUGCAGAGCUGGCACUAGAAGACCCCCCUGUUCCAGUGGCUAAGGUGGAUGCCACCGAAGAGAAGUCUCUGGGCAGCAAGUUUGAUGUGUCAGGCUAUCCAACCAUCAAGAUACUGAAGAAGGGAGAGCCAGUGGAGUACGAUGGUGACCGCUCACAGAAAGCCAUUAUUGCAAGGGUAAAGGAGAUCGCACAGCCAGACUGGAAGCCACCACCUGAGGCCACCUUGGUGCUGACGACGGACAACUUUGACGAAAUCGUCAACGAGGCGGAUAUUAUCCUGGUUGAGUUCUAUGCCCCUUGGUGUGGCCAUUGUAAACGCCUGGCCCCUGAGUAUGAGAAGGCAGCGCAGGAGCUGAAAGGCCGCACGCCGCCUGUUCUACUGGCCAAGGUGGACGCCACCGUGGAGUCGGAGCUGGGCACUAAAUACGGAGUCACCGGCUACCCCACCUUGAAGAUCUUCAGAAAGGGCAAGAUCUUUGACUACAACGGGCCGCGAGAGAAGCGAGGCAUUGUAGACUACAUGAGCGAUCAGGCCGGACCUCCCUCCAAUCAGGUGCAGAGUGUCAAGCAGAUCCAGGAGCUGCUUAAGGAUGGAGAUGAUGCGCUCAUCAUGGGUGUCUUCUCAGGAGAAGGAGACGCGGCCUUCGACAUCUACAUGGAAGCCUGCAACGUGUUGAGGGAUGACUACAAUUUCCGCCACACGUUCAGCAGCGACGUUGCUAAGGUCCUGAAGGCCUCGCCUGGCCAGGUGGUGAUGACCCAGCCUGAGAAGUUCCGCUCCAAAUACGAGCCAGAGACAAAGACUCUCGCCAUUAAGGAUGCCACAUCUGCAUCAGAAGUUCAAGAUUUCUUCAAGAAGAGUGUGCUUCCCUUGGUUGGCCACCGCAAACAGAGCAACGAUGCCAAGCGCUACACCAAGAGGCCGCUCGUGGUGGUGUACUACGGAGUUGAUUUCGGCUUCGACUACAAAGUCGCCACCCAGUUCUGGAGGAGUAAGGUGCUGGAGGUGGCCAAAGACUUCCCAGAGUACACCUUUGCCAUCGCUGAUGAGGACGACUACGCGGACGAGCUGAAGAGCCUGGGCCUGAGCGACAGUGGAGAGGAGGUCAACGCAGCCAUCCUAGCCGACGGAGGCAAGAAGUACGCCAUGGAGCCCGAUGAGUUUGACGCCGACGUGCUCAGGGACUUUGUCAAGGCCUUCAAGAAGGGGAAGCUGAAGCCCAUUGUCAAGUCUCAGCCCAUCCCCAAGAACAACAAGGGGCCGGUGAAGGUUGUCGUCGGUAAGAAUUUCAAUGACCUCGUCCUGGACACCAAGAAAGACGUCCUGGUGGAGUUCUACGCCCCGUGGUGCGGACACUGCAAGAAGAUGGAGCCCGACUACGUGGCCCUGGGCAAGAAGUACAAGAACGAGAAGAACCUGGUCAUUGCCAAAAUGGAUGCCACGGCCAACGACGUGCCUCACGAAGCCUACAAAGUUGAGGGCUUCCCCACUAUUUAUUUUGCACCGAGUGACAAGAAGGAGAGCCCCAUAAAGUUUGAGGGGGGCCAGAGAGAUGUCGAAUCACUGAGCAAAUUCCUGGAGGAGCACGCCACAAAGUUAUCACAGAAGAAAGAUGAACUCUAGGGUUUUUUAUUAUUGUUAACCAAAAACCAAUGAACUGAACUUUCUGGGAUGACAAAAAAGGGUGAAUUUCCAGAGAUUAGUGUUGAUUUGAUUGUUAUUGUAACAUGUGUUACUGAGACCUUAUUUUUUCCAUUCCUAACGCACGCACUGUAUACAAAAUUUCUAAGUUCUUUUUAAAUAAAAUGUGAAAAUCCCGUAGAGAAGUUUUGUUCACCUAUGUUUGAAGUAUGACAGUUGGAUUUAGACCGUAUGAAUACAGCACGGUUCAGUGGAUGAUGGAAAACUGCCUUAUAUUAUAUUUCCACUGUUUUUUUUUUUCUUAUUGGAGAGGGAUCAAUAUUCGUUUCAUCUACUGAUGUCACCUGAUUGUUAUACUUACUGGAAUAUUCAUCAAUAUUGCAGGCUAGCAUAAUGCAAUGUCAUCCAUAUUAUUAUAAUAUUGUGAAUAUAAAACUAUAUACGGAGUGUUUUACACACCUAAU